GCAAUUCUGUAAUAAUCACUCCCCUGGAAUCAACUUGUUAUUUGACUAACAGUGUUAGGGGAAACACUUUUAACCACUAGAAUUUACACAAUUUAAGGAGUAUGAUUUAGAAGUUUUCUGCUUCCAAGCAACUUGUAGUCCCAGGACCAUCUGCAAGUGUAUCAAACCCUGUCCUCUGCCCCUUCUGCUCCACGGAGACGACAAAGUUCUGUUGCUGACAGGUAACUCUCCUCAUUCCUCUCACGCAUAACAAGAUGCUCACUAAUGGAUCACACUCUGGACCCAUGAUUUACUGAGACCAUCAACUGAAUGCUACCUAAACCUAGCCAGAGCAUUGCAAGGCAUGGUUAGGUUAUCUCAGUAAACUAAAAGGUUCAGUUUGGAAUUAAAUGUUCAGUUCUGUCAAUAUGUUGUUCAAUAAUUUCUAAUAACAGAUAGACUAAGUGAAUGGAAAUGAUAGUAUGCUGGGAAAAAUGUGUUCAGAAUAUGCAGUACAAUGUUUGACAACUUCUGAAGAAUUAAGUGUCUUCAUUUGGUGUGAAAUGUGUUGGUAGCUGAUCAAUAUAAUUUACAUUAAUCAGGAAUUAGUCACAACAUUUUGUCACAACAAAUAUGAGUUGUGAAACACAGUUGAAGCCCCUGUCAGUUUACUGUUCAUGAGGUGUGUUGUGAAAACAUCCAACUGUCCCUGGGAGAAAUGGCGGGAAGGAUCCGAAGGAACAGCAUGGAAUUUCCCCCUGAUUUCUCAGCAGAGAGACUUCAAGAAAGGAUUGGACAGUUCAAAUACCUAGUUCAUGAGAGGAUCAACAGACUGCAAAAUAUCACAGAUCAGCUUCUCAAAUCAGCAGAGGAAUUUCACGAUGUUCACCACAAUAACACCAUUGGCAGCCUGAGUGGCAAUGUUAUUGGAGCAGCAGGAGGGAUCACAGCUACAGUGGGUCUAAUCUUGGCUCCUUUCACCUUAGGCGCAUCUCUGAUAGUGACUGGAGUGGGGAUAGGUUUAGGAGUAUCUGGUGGAGUCGUUGGAGCUGUCUCCAAUAUCAAAGGUAACAUAAACAGGUCUGAAGUCAAAGAAAGCAUUGAGAAACUUUUGGCUGAAUUUCAAAUGUUGAUGGAACCAAUUGAGGAGAACCUUAAAGUGAUCGAAAGUGAUCUUCGUGCUUUAAAACACAAAGAUCAAGGCUGGAAAAUUGCUGGGUUAAGUGGAGCAUUGCUUGGAAACAUAAUCAGGUUAUCAAAACUGUCUACCAUUUCUCUCCGUUCAGCAUUACGCUUUUCAGUAGUACUGUCUGGUCUUCUGGCAAUUGUAGACAUAGCCUUCAUCUGGGCAGAUGCCAGGGAGCUCCAUGAGAUGAGUAGAGAGCGAAGACGUCACGCUAAAACUGAAACAUUGAAGUUCAUUAAGUCCAUUGAAGACACAGCCAGUAGCUGCCAGCAAGCUGUCAAUGAGCUCAGAGAACUGGGGAGGGCAUUUGAUAUGUAGAUGUUUGUUGUUAUGGAUGAUCCAAGGUCCUAUGUCAAACUGAGGAGUGACGUGUUGUACAGUUUUGCUUUCUUGUAAACAGAAAAUGAAAUGUAACCCAUGCAUGCAGAUUCACUAACUUAGUAAGUUUGUGUUUGACUGUUAAUUGGUUGACUAUAAAAUUGUUUUAUAAAUUGAGUGAGACAAAAGACUGGGAGAAAACAAAAAACGAAACUGAAGACAAAGCGACGACAUUGUGUGGAAACGGCAAGUGCAGCUCGGAUUUAAGACGGAUUCGAGAGACCGCAGAUAGAGUGCGGCUAGUCAGGUUUGUUAUAUGUUUUAGAUCUACUACUUGUAUCAGUUGUAGUAUUGUUUUUUGUUGAUUUUAUGUAAUGCCCAUUUUUGUAUGAAAUGUGCUAUAUAAA